AUGCCUCCACGUCGGACGAGAAAAACUACUCGCAGAGCUACUAAUAAGGCAUCCAACCCGCAAAAUGACAGCACACCCCAACAAGUUGGUAACACCCCUCAGCAUGAGAGAGUCGUCAAUCCUGCUAGUGAUACUCAGACAGGACAACAAGAACUAGACCUUGGCCAGGUUAUGCAGACCAUAGUGGGCCUUAUACAGAUGCAACAGCAGAUGCAACAGCAGUUGCUCCAACAACAAGCGCAGUUGCCCCAAAGACAACCACAGCAAGGACGAGGAGAACAGUGUGAACAGCGUAGCAGUAUAGCUGAAUUUAUGAGGCUGGCUCCUCCAGCUUUCAAGGGGACUACAGAACCGUUGGAAGCAGACAAUUGGCUUACAGAGAUGGAAAAAGCAUUUGCUGUCUUGAGAUGCCAGGAUGAUGAAAAGAUUUUGUUUGCAUCAUACAUAAUGCAAGGUGAGGCAUUCAACUGGUGGCGGAUGUUGGAACAUAAAUAUGAGCAGGAUAGGGAGCCACUCACUUGGAAAAAAUUUCGAGGAGCAUUUUAUGAUAAGUAUUUUCCUCAGAGUGUAAGGAUGCAGAAAGAGCAGGAGUUUAUUCACCUAAAGCAAAGAAAUAUGACUGUUGCAGAAUAUGAAGUUAAAUUUAUCGAGCUAGCCAAAUUUGUUCCAAAGUUAGUCGAGGAUGAGCUAGAUCAAGCACAUAAAUUUGAGAUGGGACUAAAGACUGAAAUUAGAAAACAAGUGGUACCUUAUGAAUUAACUACCUAUGCAGCUGUGGUAAAUAAGGCUUUAAUAAUUAAAAGGAAAGUUAAUGAUGAACGAUUGGAAAGGGAAAGAAAUCAAAAGAAGAGAAACAGAUCGAAUGAAUUUCAGGGGCAGAGCAAUGAAAAUGCCGAAAGUUCAAACAAGAAAUCAACGAGUGACAAUCCUAAGCAGAUGAAUAUCAAUAAAUGUUCUAGAUGUGGUAAGGCUCAUGCUGACAAGGAUUGCCAUUGGAACACCGGUGCCUGCUUUAGAUGCGGUAAGAUAUGUCAUAAAAUUGCAGACUGCCUAUAA